CCAAACAUGACUACCGCUUCAUUCUCUUUGAUCUUCUUUCUCUUCUCCUUCCUUCUCACCCCAACCCUCAUAUUCUCUUCACCUGUUUAUGACCCUGAAUUUGUGGCCCAAGAGGUAAACAGGAAUAUCACUGCUUCUAUGGCUAAUGCAGAUUUGAUGUCCCGCUCUUGUGGGACUGGCAACCCCAUUGAUGAUUGUUGGAGAUGUGACCCCAAUUGGGCUUACAACAGGAGAAGGCUAGCAGAUUGUGCAAUCGGUUUCGGCAAGAAAGCCAUUGGUGGAAAAAAUGGUAAGUUAUAUAUUGUCACCGACUCCGGCGACUAUGACGCGGUGAAACCGAAACCGGGGACACUCCGGCAUGCAGUGAUUCAAGACGAGCCAUUGUGGAUCAUAUUCGCAAGAGAUAUGACUAUUAAACUGAAGGUAGAGUUAAUCAUGAACUCGCAUAAGACAAUUGAUGGAAGAGGCGCGAACGUGCAUAUAGCUGGUGGUCCAUGCAUUACUAUACAAUAUGUGACCAAUGUUAUAAUACAUGGGAUACAUAUACAUGAUUGUAAGCCAGGUGGGAAUGCUAUGGUGCGGGACUCACCAGACCACUACGGGUGGAGAACCGUGUCGGAUGGUGAUGGUAUCUCCAUCUUAGGAGGAAGCCACAUAUGGAUUGACCAUUGCUCAUUCUCUCAAUGCACUGAUGGUUUGAUCGAUGCCGUUCUUGCGUCCACUGCAAUUACCAUUUCCAACAAUUACUUUACCAAGCACGACAAGGUUAUGCUGUUGGGUCACAGCGACUCAUACACUCAAGACAAAAACAUGCAUGUCACUAUAGCUUUCAACCACUUUGCAGAAGGGCUUGUUCAAAGGAUGCCAAUGUGUAGGUUUGGAUAUUUUCAUGUGGUGAACAAUGACUAUACCCAUUGGCAAAUGUAUGCUGUUGGUGGAAGUGCUAACCCAACCAUCAAUAGCCAAGGAAAUAGAUUUGUUGCAUCCAAUCACCCAUUCACCAAAGAGGUGACAAAGCAUCAGGUUGCACCGGAGAGUGAAUGGAGGCAUUGGAACUGGAGGUCUCAGGAUGAUUUAAUGUUAAACGGCGCGUUUUUCAAAUCAUCAGGGUCUCAAUCUUCUUCGAACUAUGCGAGAGCUUCCAGUUUAAGGCCAAGGCCAUCUUCUCUUGUGGGUUCGAUUACAAGGAGUGCUGGUGCCCUCAAGUGCAGGAGGGGAUCACGUUGCUAAUUUUUUCGAUUUCCAAUUUGUUGUAUUUUCAUUUUAAGAUUUCUAUUAGGAUGUUUUUCAUAUUCUAUUGUAGCUGAAUCUUCGUUAUAUAUUUGGGAAUGAAUGAAU